CCUCCUUCCCCGAGCCCCCUGGAGCACGCACAAGGGGGUAGCCUGGCCCCCCUCUGCGCGUUGAAACAUCUAUAUAAUGCUCUGCAAAUCUACGGAGCACCCUGCGUACUUGCCGUGGGAGCUCGACGGACAAAUGAAUGUUGGACUACAUCAAUUCUCUGGUCGAUCCCCUACUCGUCUCGCGGCUGCUCGCACCGAGCGACAGAGAUCUGGGAGCGCAAUCUGGGAGCUGGCGUCCCUCUUGCCCUCGGCCAGCACGGUCAGGGUGUUGUACACAUCGUCUCGACCCCCCAGGGGAGGCGGAGGGGGCGGGGGGCGGGAGGAGGGGGAGGAGGAGGAGGAGGAGGAGGAGAGAAGGAGGAGAAGGACGAGGCGGAGGCAGAGAGGGCCGCCAAGAAAAACUGCACACGCCCGAGCGAUGCCAAGCAAGGCGAGGGAGGGAAGGCUGGACAAGCGCCUUGUGUGCGCAUCCCACGUGGCCGGCCGGCAAAACGCGACUGCCUGGCGGUGAGCUGGAAUAGAUGUACUGUAGGCACCGGAUGCGACGGGCUGCGUGCCAGCGCUCCGUCGGCCCUGGUGCCUGUAUAUGAUUGAGGGAAGACAUCGAGGGAGGAUAUGAG